AUGGGUGUUAAAUCAACCUCCCAUCACGGGGAGUCUGUCACAGCUCCGGCUCACCACUCGAGUACCGAUACCUCCUCCCAGAACAGCCCCAAGCAGGAGCCCAUGAUGCCGGCUGGUGUCGAUACGCCUAUCCCCCUCAUCACCCUGCGGUCCCUCGCCAUGGCUCUUUUCGUCUCGAUGGGUGGCCUGCUCUUUGGUUUUGAUACCGGUCAGAUUUCUGGUUUCCAGGAGAUGAGCAACUACCUGCAGCGUUAUGGUUCAGAGACUGCGAGCGGCGAUUAUGUCUUCAGUAACACCCGUGCCGGUCUCAUUGUCGGUCUGCUCUCCAUCGGUACUUUGAUUGGCGCCCUGGUGGGCGCCCCGAUGGCUGAUAUCCUGGGUCGCAAGUGGUCGAUCAGUGUUUGGUCCUGCAUUCUCAUCGUGGGUCUUAUCGUUCAGAUCACCUCUCCCUCCGGACACUGGUGGCAGAUGGUCAUUGGUCGUUGGGUGACUGGUCUGGGCGUUGGUGGUUGCUCCCUAGUGGUCCCCAUGUACCAAGGCGAGAGUGCGCCUCGUCACAUUCGUGGUGCGAUGAUCAGUUGCUACCAGCUGUUCGUCACCCUUGGUAUCUUCCUGGCAUAUCUCAUCAACUUGGGUACCCACACCCUCGAGGGCACAGCCCAGUGGCGGAUUACCCUCGGCCUGACCUUCCUCUUCGCCCUGAUUCUCGGUGGCGGCAUGGCCUUCUUCCCUGAGAGCCCUCGUUACGAGUUCCGCCAUGGCAAGGUUGACAGCGCCCGCAGCACCUUGGCCAAGCUGUACGGGAUCCCGGAGAACCACGUCCGCAUCAUUGAAGAAAUGAAUGAGAUCCGUGAACAGUUCGAGGCCGAGACGGAGGGCCAGAAGUGGCAUGAGUUUAUCACCGCGCCCCGCAUGUUCUAUCGUAUCGUUUUGGGUAUGGCUCUGCAGACUUUGCAGCAGCUCUCUGGCGCCAACUACUUCUUCUACUAUGUAAGCUCCAACACCCCCCCUGAUUCCGAAUGUUUCGACAACACCAUUGCUAACGCUUUCUUUCAGGGCACCACUAUCUUCCAAGGUGCUGGUAUCUCGGACAGCUUCAUAACUCAGGUCAUCCUGGGAGCCGUCAACUUCGGCACUACAUUCGGUGGUCUGUACGUGGUGGAGAACUUUGGUCGCCGCAAGUCGCUUAUCUUUGGUGCUCUCUGGAUGUUCGUCAUGUUCAUGAUCUUCGCCUCGCUGGGUCACUUUGUGCUGGACGUUAAGCACCCGGAGAACACCCCCGGUGCCGGCAAGGGUAUGAUCGUUGUGACCUGCCUGUUCAUUACCGCCUUUGCCAUGACCUGGGGCCCUAUGAUUUGGGCCAUUGUCGCCGAGCUAUUCCCCUCCAAGUACCGUGCGAAGGGUAUGGCGUUGGCCACUGCCUCCAACUGGGCUUGGAACUUCCUCCUCAGUUUCUUCACCCCCUUCAUCACGAGUGACAUUGACUUCGCCUAUGGCUACGUCUUUGCUGGCUGCCUCUUCGUUGCCGCUCUGGUCGUUUAUUUCUUCGUCAUCGAGGGCAAGGGUCGUACUCUGGAGGAGCUGGACUUCAUGUACGUCAACAAGGUGGCUCCAUGGAAGAGCAGCUCGUACCAAAUCCCCCAACACGAGUGGCUUGAAGAGGAGAGCCCCAACGGGCGCAAAGAGCGACAGAUGUACCAUGCCGAGAACGCAUAA